UUAAUUUUUUAUUAUGUUUAAUUGUUUUGUGUUAAUGUUCGUUAAUAGACUCUGUUAUUUCUGCUGAAGAAGCAGCAAAGGUAAAUGAAUUCUUAGCCAGAGAACAAGAAAGGAAGAAUCGGUAUCGUAAACCAAAAUCUAAAAACAAAUUCAGUAAAGGAGGGCUUCAACAUCAGCAGUCGCAGAUGAAACGACCUUUAAUUACUCAGAUGAGGAGUGAAAUACCUGUUCAGCCUGUUCAUCCUACUCCUCAUGUUAAUAAUAAUGUACAGCCAUCUACAUCUCAGCAAUCAUCUUACACUUCUCAUAAUCCACCUAGAAAGAUAUUAAUAAAUCCACAUUUUCGCGGGCCUCGUCCAUCGGUUUCAGAAGAAUCAUCAUAUGCACCUGCCAAACAAUCUCAGUUUAUUCGUAAUUCACAUUCGCAACACAUAAACAGUGGAAGGAACAUAACUCCACAAAUACAACAAAAUCUACCUCCAUCGUCACUACAAAAUAUGGGCCCAAGAUUUCCCAUACCACAGCAGGGACAGUAUCGAAUGGGGUUGCUAGACAAUCGACCGCCGGCUUUCGGUGGAGAUCGACAGUUUCCUCACAAUCAACAGGAUGUGCACUUUGAUCAGAGAAACCAUCCAUCGUCUCGUGCUAAUUUAGAAUGUAUGCCUGAUAUGUUUCGUCCACCUAUCAAUACCAUGCCACCUGCAUGUAUUCCACAAAAUGAUUCAUUAUUGGGUUCUCCACCACUUCAAAUGAAUAAUACAAACAUUCAUAGAUUUCAGCCACCCAUUUCAAAUUCAUGGAAUGUAUUAACAUCACAGGCUAAUAUGUCUCAACAGCAUAUGCCACUUCAUCCAGCACCUCCGAGACAACCAAUGUUCGAAAUGCCCUUUAGAGGACCAUCAAUGCAUCAACCAUCAAUUCCAAAUCCGAAUUUUCGAGAUAAUAAUAUUCCGCCUCCUCCUUUACCACAAGUUGUUCAAAUGUCGAACUUUCAACAUCAGUCGAAUUCAUCUAAUCCUCCAUCGUCAUUUCCACCAUUACAUAUUCCUCCACCGAAUCAUCAUUCUCAGUUUCCCAUGAAUCCAUUAUCCAUUCAGCCAAAUAUGCCUCCACCGCCACCUCCACCACCACCGCCACCAGCACCCCAACAGUUCCGGUCUCAGGAGUUUGUUCCAAAUAUGAUGCCGAUACAGACAACACCAUUUUCAAAUAAUGUCCGAAAAGAUAUGUAUUCAUCUCCAAAAUAUAAUCGGAAUAUUCUUCAGCAUCCUCAUCAAGUUCAGCAGUCUAACGUUCAAAAUAGAAUGCCUUCUCCUCAAGUACAAUUGUCCUCACCUCAAAGACGUUAUAAAGCACAGAUGCAGAGGAAAAGAUUAAAUUCAGAUAAUAAGACCUCGUCUUUGGUAAAACAACAACGAAUCGAUAACCGUAAACAAAGAAAAAGUGGUAAUAUCGGACGAAAACCGGUUGCUCAGAAUUCUAAUAUCAAAGAGGUUCCUAUAGUUGAAAAUCUGCCACCAUCACAACCUGUCCAACCUGUUAAAGAAGCAGCAGCCGAGAUUGAAGAGGAUGAAGAAACCAAAGAAUUGAGAAGGAAAAUAGAAGAGCAGAAAAAAUUACGUGAAGAAAUUCUUCGUCGUAAAGAAGAAAGACGUCGUAUGAUGGCAACACAAAGAAUGAAAGAAUUGCAGCAACGCCUAAAAGAGCAAAAACAACAGCAGCAGCAACAGCAACCACAACAACAACAACAACAACAACAGUUGCAGCAGCAGCCACAGCCACAACUGCUGCAGCACCAGAAACCAGUUGAAAACAAAAAUGCAAUAUCAGAAAAUACAAAAGAGCAAACAAAAUUAACAGUUAAACAAAGAAUUGGCAUUUUUAAUAUAAUGAAACAAACACCAAAUUUUGCUCCCAAAUUGAAAAAAGUCGUCGUUUUAAGGAAAAAAUUUCAGCAAUUGGGCCAAAAUACACAAAAGAAUCCAGUGAUUAUACAGACAAAAGCUCAACAAAACACCCCAAUUCAGUCGAUGCAAGCUAACAUAAUGCAACAAAGGAUACAGAAUCCUCAGAAUAGGACUGUCGCACCUCCUGGUACAAAAAUAAAUCAGAUUAAUACUAUUAAGAAAAAAAUUCCUGUUACAAAAGAUCAAAGGAUAGUCAUACCAAGAGGACAAGCUCCACAGACUCAGCGACAGGUGAUUCAAGUUAACACCAAUGGAGGAAAUACAACUACUAGAAAGGUUUUGACUCCAAAUUGUAAUAGAAAUGCAGUACGUAUGCAGCGUAUGGUAAAUUUAAUAGGGACCGAAGGACAAGGUGAUGCACCUUCUGCACAACAGCGGAAUUUAUUAACUCAAAAGACACAGACGGUACUGAUUGAAAAUUUGACGGCUUCUACUAACGAAGCGCAACUCUCAAAACUUUGCUCUUCAGUCGGUCCUGUCGAGCUANGAGAAUUAGCCAAUAAUGUCAUCAAAGAACUGUGUAAUAUGUGGCUUGAGUUAAAACUGGUGCAUGGAAAGCUUAAGCACUCACAAAGUCAGGGUUCAGCAGAAAGAUGUAAUCAAGACGUAGAAAAUAUGCUUAGUUCUUGGUUGGAGACUAACAAAACUAACAAAUGGUCGGAAGGAUUACGUUUCGUACAACUGAUAAAAAUUGAGUGCAUCAUACUGGUAUAA